AUGCGAAAGGUAGUUUGUCCCGAUAAAGAUAAACUGAGAGUCUUUUUACCACAUCACGCAGUAAUAAAAGAGAGUAGUGCUACCACCAAAACAAGGGUGGUGUUCGAUGCAUCCAGUCAGUAUUCAAAGGGUAAAUCUUUAAACGACGCGUUAUACAAGGGUCCUGUCAUUCAGUCUGAUUUAUUUGACCUAAUUAUACGAUUCAGAUGUUAUAAAUACGUUCUGUGUGCGGAUAUAUCAAAAAUGUACAGGCAGAUUUUAGUGCAUGAAGAACAAAUUGCGUUGCAAAGUAUUCUGUGGAGAGAAGAGCCCGAAUCAAAGAUAGAGGAAAUGGAAUUGCUUACUGUAACUUACGGUACAAAACCGGCUUCGUUCUUGGCCACUAAAUGUUUAUACCAAUUAGCCGAAAGUGAAAAGGUAAAUUAUCCUAAAGCUGCGAAAAUAGUUUGCAGGGAUUUUUAUAUGGACGAUUUACUAACCGGGAGUAAUACUAAAGCCGAAAUUAUAGAACUACAAAAGGAAUUAACGGAAUUGUUAGCAAAAGGUGGUUUUGCACUACAUAAAUGGAACUCUAACAUAAUAGAUCAAGAGAACAAUAUAAAAACAGAAAGUAAAGAGGUAGACAUUAGUAAGGACGCGGAAUCUAAAUUAGUAGGUAUAUUAUGGAGUCCAAGCAAGGAUACUUUUCGAUACAAGGUAUCGUUAAAGGAGGGCGAAACUCGUGUAACAAAGAGAGUUAUGCUAUCGCAGAUUUGCCGAUUAUUCGAUCCUUUAGGUUUAGUGGGGCCAGUUAUAACGUUAGCCAAAAUACUUAUGCAGGAACUAUGGAGUUUGGGUAUAGACUGGGAUGAAUCCCUCCCUAUGCAUCUUCAUAGAGCAUGGGAUCAAAUGAAACUACAAUUAUAUUUACUUAACGAGUUAGAGAUACCUAGAUCGGUAAUCCCGGGUAAAACGAAUUCACAAAUACAAAUACACGGUUUUUGUGACGCCAGUGAAAAGGCUUAUGGAGCCUGCGUAUAUUUACGAGAGCAAGACGAGCGUGGUCUUUUAACAGGUUCCCUACUGUGCUCAAAAUCAAGAGUAGCGCCUAUGAAGGCACUAUCCUUGCCUAGACUAGAAUUAUGCGGUGCAGUGCUACUGGUAAACUUGAUGGAUAAGGUAAUAAAUAGCUUGCAUUUGCAGAUACACCAGAAAUUUUACUGGACAGAUUCAAGGAUAGUGUUAGCAUGGAUAGGUUCCUCGUCCAGAAAAUGGCAGGCGUUCGUGGCAAAUAGAGUUAGUGAUAUUCAUGAUAAGUCUUCACCUUCAGAUUGGCGACAUAUAAGUUCAAAAGACAACCCCGCGGACUUGAUUUCCAGAGGGGCCACCCCCGAGCUAUUAAUGCGAGCAGAUAGUUGGUGGAAAGGACCACCAUGGUUGAUGCAGGAUAAAGAAUUCUGGCCGGUGGAAGGUGAGGAAUUAUCAUGUGAGAGCGUUCCAGAAAUGCGAAAACAAGCAAUAAUAGCGACGGCUGUGAAUUGUGAAGCGAUUAUUAAUUAUAAUAAAUUUUCUUCGUUAAAUAAGCUACUGCGAGUAGUUGCGUAUGUAUUAAGAUUUAGUCAUAAUAUACGAUGUGAAAAGAAAAGGCGUGAAAUAGGGGCAAUAACUGCUGAAGAACUCAAGAAGGCUAAGGCGUCUACUAUCAAGUUAAUACAAAAGGAAGAAUUUAAAGAUGAUAUUAAGGCGUUGAAGGGCAACAACAAGGUCCGAAGAGAUUCCAAGUUAGUGUCGCUAUAUCCGUACUUGGAUAGCAAUGGAAUAUUGAGGGUCGGAGGAAGACUGAAAAACGCGACAUUAUCUGACGAAGUUAAGCACCCUAUCUUGAUUCCCGCAUCGCAUGACUUUACCACUUUGGUAAUUUUGCAUCAUCAUGAAAGAUUAUUCCACGCUGGUGUCCAGACAACUUUAAAUUCUAUUAGGGAAGAAUUUUGGCCAAUCUUCGCAAAAAGUCGUGUGAAGAAGAUUCUACGAAACUGUGUAAGAUGUCGCAAGGCCCAUCCUAAAGCCGGCUGGCAAUUAAUGGGAGAGUUACCGGCAGUCAGAGUUAACAUCAGCAGACCUUUCUAUAACUGUGGAGUAGACUACUGCGGCCCUUUCCUCGUCCGGGAUCGAAUUCGUCGCAACAGUAAGAAAUACAAGGCAUAUGUGGCUAUAUUCAUUUGUAUGGUCACCAAGGCGGUACAUAUAGAAUUAGUAGAAGACUUGACAACCGAGGCCUUCUUAGCCGUUCUAAAAAGGCUCAUCGCAAGAAGAGGCAAAGUGAAGAAUAUGUACUCGGACAAUGGAAGAAACUUUGUGGGUGCCGAUCGUAUACUACAACAAGCUUUGGAGGAUACGACGUUCAAUAGCACGGUGCAAGAGUUUGCAACUAAAGAGCAAAUAAGUUGGCACUUCAUACCUCCAAGGUCACCUCAUUACGGAGGCUUAUGGGAAGCAGCAGUGCGUUCUAUGAAGCUACUUCUAAAGCGUACUUUGGGCGAGGCAUGUCUGACAGUGGGAGAAAUGACGACCGUAUUGACUCAAGUAGAAGCGAUACUAAAUUCUCGACCUUUAACCCCCCUGUCCGAGGAUCCCAAUGAUAUGAAGGCUAUAACACCGGGACAUUUUCUAAUAGGAGAGAAUUUACAAGCUUAUCCAGAGGAGGAUUUACAAAGGGUACCCGAGAACAGGCUUUCCCGUUGGCAACACAUUGAGCAGCUCAAGCAGCAGUUGUGGUCAAGAUGGCAACAGGAGUAUCUAACAACAUGCCAACAAAGAAGCAAAUGGAAAAGAGAUAACGACAGCAAAUUCGUCGUUGGUCAACUCGUGAUGUUAAAGGAGUCGGGCAGUUUACCCCUUGAAUGGAUUCUCGCAAGAAUUACUGAAGUACAUCCAGGACUAGACGGAAAAAUCCGGGCUGUUACCUUACAAACCAAAACGGGGAUUUACAAACGAGCAAUCACUAAUGUAGCUCCUAUAUCCGAUUAA